UAUAAAAAAGACUCAACUUUUCCCUGUGGGUAUUGGUGAAAGGAUUCCAAUGUGGGAUCUUUGGGCAUAAUAAAGGGUGUGGGAGGAAUUAGAGCGCCUCCGAGAGAUUAGCCCUAGUGAAGCUUUCCGGCCAUGGCCGAGAUGGAGAAGCAGACGGCGAGGGUGGUUGAGGAGGCGAAUGGCGGCGGCGAGGAGGAGAGGCUCUUGGAGGGUAUGGCCGUUGUGGAUUUCGACAUGCUUUGUUCCACGGUGGCCUUGCAGACUCACGGCAAAUGGGGGAAGCUCGGUGGUGUUGGAGAUGAAGAAGAGGUUACGGAAUCUGGCGGGGUCUUCAGGAUGUGGGAAGGUGAACUUCUCGAUUGCUGCGAAGACCGUCGAAUCGCCCUUGAAUCCACAUGUUGUCCUUGCUACCGAUUUGGGAAGAACAUGAAGAGAGCUGGCUUUGCUCUUCCUUAUUUUCAGGGAAUAGUUUACUUUCUUCUAACAAUUGGCGUCAUUCUCAAUUUGAUUGCUUUUAUUGCCACAAGAAAGUACCGUUUUCUCUACCUGGCAGUUUCCUUCGCUAUUACUACUGGAGCAUAUUUAGGCUUAUUCCGAACACGUAUACGAAAGAAAUUUAACAUCAAGGACAGGGAUAGUUCCUUUGAUGAUUUCAUCUACCAUCUCAUUUGUCCUUGCUGUACAUUAUGUCAGGAAUCGAGAACACUAGAGAUGAACAAUGUUCAAGAUGGCACUUGGCACGGUCGGGGUGACACGAGGUACAUAGGUGGCUUGAAUGAAGGGAGUAAAGCACUCUUUAAUCUACAUCCGCCUCCGAUUGUUUCCAUGAAUAAUAAUGAUAAAACCGUCAAUGAAAAGAGUACAGAUGCAAGAGAUCAGUCUUGAAUCUAAGACUUUGGGAUAUUUUGAAACGAUGUUGUCCCUUCUGAAUUCCACUCCUAUGUGUCUGCACAAUGUGUGCACAAUGUAACUUUACUCCCAAGUUCCGUGGAGUAUCAUGCCCAAGAUGUGAACGUGACAACUGACAAGGGUUUCAUCGGUGGCAUUUGCAUUCUAAGGUCUUAUUGGUAACUGCAGGCAUAACCUCAUCAGCAGACAAUGGUAUCUGCCGUUUCAAUCUGUCAUCGCAUCAUUGCUUCGGAUGGAGAACAAUAUUUGGUUUCUAAAAAGGAAAAAAAUUCUGCUAUCAGCUAAAAGUUGAUAGCAAAUACUGUACAAGUUUUACCCAAGGUUUGUCCUUCAAGUUAUACCAUGAGAUGUGAGUUUGAUCAUUUGUACAUAUGGUCUUCAUUUUCGGGUGAGGGGGCUGUGUUUUUGCCAGCCCUAGUAGUCUAUAUAGUUGGACGUGUUUAGGUGGUCAUUGGUCGGGCGUAUCAUCUUCAUUGUUCAACGGAUUGAGUUUUUAUAAAUUAUUUUGUCAAGUUGUUCA